GGAAAUCGGCAUUCUAAGAAUGUCUAACAUCUCGAUUGGUCUAGUGGUCAGGAUACCUGCUUGUCAUCUCAAGACAGUACGCAGGUGGCCGGGGUUCGAUUCCCCGAUCGAGAGCAUACUUUUUCUUUUUGUAUCUUUUCCACCUUUUCGAUCAGGUAGUAAGAGUAAGUCUAUACAAACAAUACGAACGAAACGAGUAUGAUUUACUUCCUCCUUUAAACCCCUGGAGUACGUUCCAAGGCGGAGUAUGUAAUGUUCUUUCGUAUUUCGUUCAGCUCAUGUAAAAUCGGUAAUUACACGGGCUAGUCACACCGAAGAAUAUCUUGUUGGUGUCCUCAUACAUCAUGACGACGGGUAAAUUUCCGCAGCGAUAGUUAUAUGAUAGGUCAUUUGGGGCUGUUACCGCUAUUUGAAAAGUAUGUAAUAUUCCUUUCUGCGAGCUGAUGAUUUGGAAUCC